GACGUCUCUCCGUCUCUCAUGUUACCAUUAGAGAUAACAAGGGCACAACCUGGUUCCCAGAGAAAAAGCUAGAGCCCUUUGGAUUUCAAUUUUCUGCACACGUUGCCUCUCCCCAGUUCGAGAGGCAAAGUUAGUCCCUCCCUCCAAAACUAGUAAAAGCCCGGGCGCCUAGAAGGGCUUCUCUUCCGGCCGCUGGGGACCCCUUCACCGCCCGAGACCACCUGGAAGUUUCCAGGGGUUGACACGCAUCCCGCGUUAUUCGUGUCACCAGCACUCCAGGAGCUAAGAUAAUUGGGAGGUGGCGAUUUAGUGCCGACUGCGUCCGUCAGUCCUGGCCGUUUUAGCUGCUCGUUCCGCGCACUUUUACUGAUGGGCUCCGCUGCUCGUCACUUUUUCAGCCUCAGCUCUGCCUGACCGGAAGCACAAAGAAAGGAUGGGAGUUAAGGUCCUUCGGCGAGGGCCUUGCUCCUCACCUAAGCUAGCCUAGGUCCAUCAGCAAUUUUCGUAGGACUUUCCUGGAUCGAAACAGCAACUCACUUUCCACAGAAGAAACGUGGAAAGCUCUAGAGCGAGUCUGAUGAAGUUUUGAAACCGCGAGGGUAGGAGGACAGUGCGUGCAGGAAAGGACCGCGCGCGGACUCAGAGUUGUGGGGCUUUUGAAUCUGGGCUCUGCCUGGGGACGUCCAACGUCCGGGUCGGCGAGACCCAGAGAAUAUCCACCUCACAUUCUUUCUCCGGGCCGUCUUGCAAAAUGUCUGGGUUAUGAAACAGCCUUUACAACCUUACUGUGAAGAAGCCCAGGGGACAGGUAGCCACAACUGAUUUGCAGAUAAGAAAGGAGGCCCAGGCAGUAUCUGCAAAGCCAGGAGUGUGACUCAGUACUUCUGUGUGUUGUGCACACACCGGCGACUAGAGAUGCCAGAGUGUUUUGACUCUGCAGCAGGCACCUUACACACCUGAACUUCUUUAAACCUCACAACCGCCUUAUGAGAUUCUCUAGAAAGCAUAACAGUGAUGGAGUACAUGAGCACUGGCAGUGACAACAAAGACGAGAUCGAUUUAUUAAUUAAGCACUUGAACGUGUCCGAUGUGAUAGAUAUUAUGGAGAAUCUCUACACCAGCGAAGAGCCAGCGGUUUACGAGCCCGGUCUCAUGACCAUGUGUCAAGACAGUAAUGAAAAUGAGGAGCGUUCAGAGUCUCUGCUGCUCAGUGGCCAGGAGGUGCCUUUGUUGUCAUCGGUCAGAUACGGAACGGUGGAGGACUUGCUGGCCUUCGCAAACCACAUAUCCAACACCGCAAAGCGUUUUUAUGGACACCGACCGCAGGAAUCGGGGAUUUUAUUAAACAUGGUAAUCACUCCCCAGAAUGGACGCUAUCAGAUAGACUCUGAUGUUCUCCUUAUCCCCUGGAAACUGACUUAUCGGAAUAUUGGCUCUGAUUUCAUACCUCGGGGGGCCUUUGGAAAAGUGUACUUAGCCCAAGAUAUAAAGACUAAGAAAAGAAUGGCGUGUAAAUUGAUUCCAGUAGAUCAAUUUAAGCCGUCUGAUGUGGAAAUCCAGGCCUGCUUCCGGCACGAGAACAUUGCUGAGUUAUAUGGUGCUGUGCUCUGGGGUGAAACUGUGCACCUCUUUAUGGAAGCCGGCGAGGGAGGGUCUGUUCUCGAGAAACUGGAGAGCUGUGGACCAAUGAGGGAAUUUGAAAUUAUUUGGGUCACAAAGCAUGUUCUUAAGGGACUCGAUUUUCUACACUCAAAGAAAGUGAUUCAUCAUGACAUUAAACCUAGCAACAUUGUCUUCAUGUCUACAAAAGCUGUUUUGGUGGAUUUUGGCCUAAGUGUUCAAAUGACUGAAGAUGUCUACUUUCCUAAGGACCUUCGCGGAACAGAGAUUUACAUGAGCCCAGAGGUGAUCCUGUGCAGAGGUCAUUCAACCAAAGCGGACAUCUACAGCCUGGGAGCCACACUCAUCCAUAUGCAGACGGGCACCCCGCCUUGGGUGAAGCGCUACCCUCGCUCCGCCUAUCCCUCCUACCUGUACAUAAUCCACAAACAGGCGCCUCCAUUGGAAGAUAUCGCAGAUGACUGCAGUCCUGGCAUGAGGUUGCUGAUAGAGGCUGCCUUGGAGAGGAACCCCAAUCACCGUCCGAGUGCAGCCGACCUGCUCAAACAUGAUGCCCUGAACCCCCCCAGAGAGGAUCAGCCACGCUGUCAGAGUCUGGACUCUGCCCUCUUUGAGCGGAAGAGGCUGCUGAGUAGAAAGGAGCUGGAGCUUCCGGAGAACAUAGCGGAUUCUUCAUGCACAGGAAGUACUGAGGAAUCGGAGAUGCUGAGGAGGCAGCGUUCUCUUUACAUAGACCUGGGGGCCCUGGCUGGCUAUUUCAACCUUGUACGGGGUCCACCAACCCUAGAAUAUGGCUGAUUGAUGGCGUCAUUUGCUCUGAGUAAUUAAGACUCAGCAUUGGGCUCCUGGAAGCUAGUUACACGGACUCGAACCUGGGGCUCUGUAUACUGAAUCGUGCCAUCUGUCAGCGGGUGGCGUGGGCUCCUGUGAUCCAUGAAUGUGACCCCACAUGGCUCCCCUGGGUUUGAUUCGGGAAGCUGCCUUAGUAGCCCCCAGGUCUAAAGGUUCUCAUGUCUCAGGUGGUGUGACCGACUCAAAGGAAGUUGCGAGUUAGAAGGAUCAUUUCUGGUUGCUGAUUCCAUUCACUGCGCACUUUGCUCAGAAAAUGUCAAGAUUACAGAUCACGAGGAUAAUGUCUUAGCCUGAAAUUACUGUUCUUGGUUCUGAUUUAAGUCUGGGAACUUCAUUUAACUCAGAAUAGUUGUUUUGUGUAUGUAUAUUGGUGUAUAUUAUAUGAUAACGCCUUGAGCCUUUGUAGGUAGAUUCUAGUGUAAAUUAAAGUCUUUAUAUUUUGGGUGAGUAGAACAACUUGAAUGUUAAAGCAAUAAGCUGGACUUGUGUCUUAAAAAUGGCUGUUCAUCUAGGGGCCGUCUGACCGUGGGCCACUAGUGACAGGUUCUGUUAUGUUCCUAUGGAAACAUUUUGUACUGUAUAUGCUAUGCUUAAACCAUUUAAAACAUGAUGUUUUGAAUGUGGAUAAAACUGUGUAAACCACAUAAUUUCUGUACAUCCCGAAGGAUGAGAAUGUGACCUGUAAGAAAAAUGGAAACAUUUCUAAAUUCUCAAUGAUGCUACUUUUGUAACUCUUCUGACUCUACUUCCUUCCAAGCAUUUGUGUAUUGAAAUAGCAUACUGUGUAUGUUUUAUAUCAAAUGCCUCCAUGAAUCUUUCUUACCUAUACCUAUAUUUUUAACGUUGUGAAUAUGCGAGUAUCCCCACUUAAAGUAUGUUUUUACACCAGGCCAAUGAAACCAACACUUAUAUCCAACGUAAUUGGUCAGAUCAACUGAAUAAACUCCAUAUUUUGCCUUCA